CACUCCUGAUAAAUCAGUUAUGUUCUACCAAAUGAAACAUACUGGGAUUGAAAGCUAAGCACAUUCAAAGAUUCUUCCAUCAGAUGAACGGCUCAAUUAUUCCUGACUCCAUAUGGGGGAUGUUGCUUUUGUUGAAAAAUAUAUUCUUGCACUCUGACAGAAGUCAUCAGAUCUUCGUUACUGCUGGGCUUGUUUGCUACAACAGACACUAUGAUUGCUGCAAGCAAGAAUCCAGAACCACACUUUCUCUUUACACUUUCCUCUUUCCAAUUGUAAAAUAUUGUGCUAGGUAGCAAGAGCAAGGCAAGUAUGGAAUUCCACCUUUUCUUUCUUUAAAUGCCUUGUAUUGAAACCUGCUGUCACCAUUGCUCAUUGCCAUUGCAUAGCCUGACAAAGAGAUCAAUCAAGCCAAAGAGAAAGGAUGGCUUCAGGCUUGCAGGUGUUUGGCCAGCCAGCAUCCACCGAUGUUGCCAGGGUUCUGACAUGCCUCUUUGAGAAGAAUUUGGAGUUUGAUCUCGUCCGCAUCGACACAUUCAAGAGGCAGCACAAGCUUCCUGAGUUCAUCAGGCUGCGGGAUCCAAGUGGACAAGUGACAUUCAAGCAUGGUGACAAGACUCUUGUCGAUCCAAGGGCUAUUUGCCGGUACCUCUGUACCCAGUUCCCAAACCAGGGAAACAGGAACCUCUAUGGGACUGGCUCUCUGGAACGGGCAUCAAUAGAACAGUGGCUGCAGGCAGAGGCUCAGAGCUUCAACCCUCCCAGCUCGGCCCUCGUGUUUCAGCUGGCAUUUGCUCCUCUUCUGGGAAUCCCUCAGGACCACAUGGCCAUUGCAGAGAAUGAGAGGAAGCUUCAGCAAGUCCUCAAUGUUUACGAUGAAAUACUCUCGAAGAAUGAGUACCUAGCUGGCGAUGAGUUCACCCUGGCUGACCUCUCCCACCUCCCGGACUCGCAGUACAUUGUGAGCUCGGAGAGGGGGAGGAAGCUCUUCACCUCCAGGAGGAAUGUGGCGAGGUGGUUCGACCAAAUCUCGAGGCGCAAGGCGUGGGAGCAGGUUGUCAAGAUGCAGAUGGAGCAUCCUGGCGCGUUCGAGUAGCGGCUUAGCGCCUUGGUGGUCGCGAGCAAGUGUCUAGCUCAUGUUGAAGAGCUGUCUACGUCUAUCGAUCUUACUUUCAUGUGUUCUUUCGUCAUCGUUGCUACUUGUGUUGUCGUCGUUUACCAAAUCCUCUUCAUUGUUUGUCCUGUGAACCAGAAUAAUAUGAGGCCUGUUCGUGAUGUCUGAUGUACAUUGCGCCGUUUAAAA